CAAAGCGCUAUUGGUUCCGCCCGGGGACUCGCUCCAGCACUCACAGCAGACAACCGGACUGCAAUACACUGGUUUUAUUUUAUAAUGUUUCAGUCAACGUCGUUUAUUAGCUAUAACGGCAUUAGACACCACAAGCACUGAGUAGUCCUGGAAACACGGUUGGAAGUAGAUGCAUUCACCAAGGAGGCCUCAGUGUCUCUAAAUGGCAGCUGUGUAAUCGGAGUGGGACGAGGAGAAGAGCUGUGCUGCUGGAAUAAGACAUACGGCUUUCUACCCCUUUGUUCUCCCCUUCCCUCCCUUUCUGCCCUGGCAGCUGUAAAUAAGUCCAAGCCGUGCAGACCCCCGAGGAAUCCUACUCCCCUUUGUGCCCUUUCCCACCGCUGCUACCCAUGCCGAAUCCCCUACCCUCUCAGACUCUUCUGCUUAUGCUGCUGAAGCAAGCCAAGGAGAUUCUCAGAUGAUCCAUCGGGCUAUUCUGAACCACAUUGUCCACGCAGCCAGGGACGUGGAAGAGUAACUACUGCGAGUGUGAGAGAGCCCUUGGAAGAGGUGCUGUGAGCACCUUGUGAGGCCCUCCCACCAAGCCUGGCAAAAAGCUUGGUUUACCCCUUCUCUCUUUUAGCCCCUGAGAUGCCCUCCCCUCCUAAUGAUGGAGAGGAUCAAGGAGCGUCCCCCGUGAAUGUCCCAUCUGUGGGUCCCUACCGGAGCAGUGGGAAGAGGAGGUCGCACAGCAAAAAGAAGAAGGGCAGAAUAACCGCCAAUGUCUCUGGCACCAAAUACGAAAUAGUACGUAUAGUCACCAGCGAGAUGGACUUCAUCAAAGCACGGGAUGAUGAUGAGACUGCCAACCUCAUCUGGAAUGACUCAGCGGUGCAGCAUGAGAAAAUUGUUGAGCUCAGGAACUAUCAGAGAAUUAACCAUUUCCCUGGCAUGGGCGAAAUCUGCCGGAAAGACUGCCUCGCAAGAAACAUGUCCAAAAUGAUCAGGUGCCAGCCUCAGGAGUACAACUUCACACCCAGAACCUGGAUCUUCCCUGCUGAGUAUACACAGUUCCAGAACUAUGUCAAAGAGCUGCGCAGGAAACGCAAGCAGAAGACCUUUAUUCUCAAACCUGCCAAUGGAGCCAUGGGUCAUGGGAUCUCGCUUAUCCGUAGCUGUGAGAAGCUGCCAUCCCACGAGCACUUUAUUGUUCAGGAGUACCUGGACAAGCCCUUCCUGAUGGAGGGCUACAAAUUUGACCUGCGCAUCUACAUCCUGGUUACUUCCUGUGAUCCGCUUCGCAUUUUCCUGUACAAUGACGGUCUGGUUCGCAUGGGCACCGAGAAGUACCACUCGCCCAACGAGGCCAACCUGACCCAGCUUUACAUGCAUCUGACAAACUACUCUGUGAACAAACACAAUGAGAACUUUGAGCGAUUUGAGGCAAUAGACAGAGGCAGCAAGAGGUCCAUCAGCUGGUUCAUCGAGUUCCUCCGUGUCAACAACUACGACGUGUCAAAGUUCUGGGAAGACAUCUCUGAGUUGGUGGUGAAAACACUGAUAGUGGCUGAGCCCCAUGUGCUGCACGCCUAUCGCAUGUGUCGCGCCGGGCAACCACCAGGGAGCGACAGUGUCUGCUUUGAGGUUCUGGGCUUUGACAUCCUCCUGGACCGCAAACUCAAACCCUGGCUGUUGGAGAUCAAUCGAGCUCCGAGCUUUGGGACUGAUCAGAAGCUUGAUUACGAUGUGAAGAAAGGGGUGUUGCUCAAUGCUCUCGAACUCCUCAACAUCAGGGCCAGUGAUAAGAAAAGAAACCUGGCUCAGGAGAAGGCAGAAGCUCAGAGGCGGCUUUAUGGUCAUGGCUUCAUGAGGAAACUUACAGCUGCUUCCACGGACUGGGAGAAACAACGUCACACGCUGGAGCGGAGAAGAGAGGAACUGAAAGAACAACUUGCACAGAUUCGCAGGCAGGUUUCCAGGGAAGAACAUGAAAAUCAACAUCUGGGGAAUUACAGACGUAUUUACCCCCCAGACGACAAGCUGCUGUUGGAAAAGUAUGAAAGCCUGCUCUCGGCCGCCUUUCAGACCUUCCUCGCCGGGCGAGCUGCCUCACUUCAAAAGGAAAUGAAUAAUCCUCUGAAACGAAUGAAGGAAGAAGAUAUACUGGAUCUCCUGGAACGAUGUGAGCUGGAUGACGAGAAGCUGACGGGCAAAUCCUCCAGGCAACGAGGCCCAAAGCCCUUGACCGCCAUGCCGGAAUGCAGCCAGACGCCAAGAAGCCAACGACCAGACUACCUGGCUGACUUCUCCAGUGGCAGUAGCGAAGAUAAUUCAUGCUCCUCGUCCAAUGAAGAAGAGGAAGAAGAGAUAAGAAAAACAGAAGAAGGUGGAAUGAAAGAGAAGAGAGGCGAGAAGAAGGUCUCCUAUGACCUCAGUGAAAUCAAGGAGAAAAACGUGCCUGAGCGCUCAGGCCGCAUGUUCUGGAAACCUCCAAUCAAGUCCCCCAAAACAGGCACAACUCCCUCUGUAUCUCCAACCCUUUCUGGUCCAAUCAGACGUUCUAUCUCUUGUCCGCGGUGCAUUGCUUCCCUCCCGUCACCCAAUGAGAUGCGACCAUUUUCCACCAGGCCACCUCCGUUGAUUCCGAUGGCGACGCCUCUCGCCAGGCCGAGCUCCGCUACGCUGAGCUCCGCUGCGAUUCGCUCUCAUUCGCUGAGUCGUAGUGGCUCCGCCCACCGUGUGCCUCACAGCAGCAGCCUCGGGACUAUCCACUCUAAUUUGGGUGAACCACUGAUAAACAUGAGGGCUAAGGAGCAGGAGGCCGAAAUGGUGCGUCAGACCCUCUCAGCGCUCACUGCCAUGCGGAUCAGAUUUCCGGGGAAGACUGAAGAAGAGGCUGAGGCAGUGCUAGACGAGAUUCUCGACAACUGGAGAUACCAUAAAUCAAAGGUGGCGUCAUACUGGUUGGUGAAGCUGGACUCGACCAAACAGCGGAAGGUGUUGGACAUUGUUCGUUCAAACGUUCGCUUGGUGUUGCAGCGGAUCUGGAGGGAGCCGGAUGUAGAGAGCCUACACCUCUAUCGGCUUUUUAAACGCGUCUUCAAUCGACUGUUGUGGAGUCAUGGCCAGGGCCUUUGGAGCUGCUUCUCCAACACCGGCUCGUCGUGGGAGAUCAUCUUCAACAAGGGCAGCGAUGUGGUAUCACCCCAGGAGCUGCAAUGCUGUCGCCGACUCGUCCAGCUGUGCCGGGACUGCCUGUUAGUCGUUUACAAGUUUGUCUCAGAGUCACGUGGCACUUUGACAAGCUUCAGUCCUGAAUGGGAUGAUACAAGCUUUCCAUUUGCUGCUGGACCAACCUCCACCCAUGGCUCCCCUCCUGCUGCUGUCGCUGCUGCUUCCUCUACCUCCUCUUCUUCCGUCUCUUCGCCCCUCAACUCAGGUCUCUGCUUGGUUUAGUUCCACCCCCCUUCAUCCUGCAACAAUGCCUCUUCUCACUGCUUUCUGUUGGUGCCACCACUUCAACAUUUCAAUGAAGGCCUGAUCAAACUUGCCCGAAGAUGGUUGCUUUGGCUGCAGAACCAACAGUCUGGCAUGAUGUCCAGUCUGGCAUGAUGUCCUUCUCCUUCUCUCAUUAGCAAAAGAAAAAAAAAGCCAUAUUGAGACUAUAAUAGUAAAAUGAGACAGUUUAAUGAUUGCACUAUGUUCCCCAAAUUUGUUUCUAUAUGUUGCAAGAGAAAAAAUAAGGAGAAGAAAUCACAUUCAGACUGUUUGGAGCACUUUCAAUCGAUUCUGCAAACAUUCAACCUGUUUGCAGCACAGCACUCGAGUGCCACCACGUCUUUAACACAAUGCUUUAAUCAAGAGCAUCCUACUGUAGCCUGAGAACAUUUGAAGUACAAGUGUCUCAGUGGGAACUGAGAGCUUCACCUGCACCGCAUUUGUGCCAUUAUCAACCCAAGCACCGCUCUCUUCCCGUCACAGGUUGACAGGAAAAAAAAAAAAAGUUUGGUUUAUAACGUGUGGUUUGCAGUUCCACAAGUGGCUCACAUCUCUUCAUCGGCAUGCGAAGGGCUGCGCACAAGCCACUGCUGCCACUUCAGAUGGCUGAGAAGCAAUUAGGGUUUUAUUUUCUCAUUGAUGCAUAUGCAUAACAUGAAAGGCUAAACUGUGUGGAUGUGAAAGUGUAUGGGUGUGCAUGCUCAUGUCCUGUGCCAUGACCCGAUAGCGGUCCCUCUCUCUAAACCCUCAAGUUGACUUCUUUAGCUGUAUUUACAUCUGAAAGACCAAGUGACGGUCUAUAUAAAAACUCUGAAAUCAUAUUUUAGCUCAAGGCGCAUGCCUGCUGGCAUUUUGCUUCCAAAAAAUGUGGAUUAUAGGGACUGACCCUGUCUUUUACAUUAAAAUGACCCAAACAUGAAUGACGAAACAUAAACCUUAUCAUGUACAUAUGAGCUGUGUUUCUGAACUUUAAAAAGGUAAACCUAUACAUCAGUGGAAGUUUAAUAAAAUGUACGAUGCUUUUGAAAGGCUGUUUUGCAGAAAAUGGCAAAAGGACACAGGUGUUUUUCAUUUCCACAUGAAUUACCUUUCAGAUUUACCAGCCCUCAACAUGAUCAUAUACAAAGAAGCAUUGGUUUGCCUUAGAAGGCAGCAACCUUCAGGGCUGUGAAAUGAAGCCAGAUGGCUCAAGCAGUGAGCUGGUUUCAUAAACGGCAUAUUUUAAUGCCAAACUUUCAAUAACGAGAAGCAGUGAUUCAAGUCUGAGGUAAUUAUUCAAAUUCAUCACAAAGGCGGCAUUUUUCACAUUUUCUUUUUUAAUAACUCUCAAGUUAAAACUGAAUUUUGAGAAAGUUGCACCUAAUGAAACUUUUGUUGGUAAGAGUGAUAGGUGGGUUCUAUUACUGCUGUCUAUUAAGUCCUCACAACCCACACAGAAUGCAAAGAUCAGGACCUUAGAUAGAAAAGCCCAGGGUGACAUCCUUUAUAAGGUACAGUACAACAGAUAUACAACACCUUGGACCUUACAAAAAUAGGAUGAAGUGUGUGUUUAUAGGUAUACGGCUCAAUUUACCUCUAACCUAUGCUCAACUUACCCUAUACACAGGAUAAGUUGUGCCAUGAGACACCCUUUUUUGGACAAGCUAUAAUAUGAAAACAGUUAUGUCUUCUGCACUUGUUCUGAUUACAAUAUUCUGAAAUAUAUGCAAACAUGUAACUUUACAAUCAUACUAAGGUUGCCUUGAUGUAGUGAUCCUCAUCUUACCCCAAUCUUCCCUACUUAGGUA